CGCCUCUGAGUGUGAGUUGUUUUCUCACUCAGUUUUGUGUUUUGAGACAGCUUUUUCUGCUGUCUACUUUGCUGUUAUAUUAUUAUUAUUUUUUUUGUCAUAAAGACAAAUUCGAAAAAGAAGAUAAUUUUUCGGUUCUUUAUUGAAAUGAAAAAGAGUGAAUAAAACAUAGUCAAUGAUUGAUUUGUUUCUGUCAUCGAUGUAGUCUUUGUCGUGUGCGAUAACAAUUGUUAAGCAAAGAAUAUCAGAAAAACGAAUAAACUAAAAAUGAAAAAUUGAGAUAGAGAGGGAGAGAAUGAGAAAAAAAGAAGAAAAACAGUUCAAAAUAUUGGUGCAAUAAAUGUAUUUUGAAUAAGUUGCACAGAGUUAGAUAUUGAACCAAAGUCGGGUGUCUUUUUUUUGCUCGUUUAAAUAACAUUAUUGAAUGUAAGUGCUUCAAUCGAAGCAAGUGCAAGAAGAGCAGAAAUCAAUUGAAAAAGGCUGACAAAAAGAGUGGGUAGCGGUAACAAUUCCUUGAAUCAAAGUCAUCGCACAACAGUGCGUUGAUUGUUGGUGCCCACCGAAAAAAAAAAAUACCAUUCAAAAUAAAUAAUGAAAUACGCAUGAGUUUUUCUGAGUGCAUCCACACAAUGCUAAUCGACGAAGAGAAACACCAAAAAUAGCAGAUGUUACUCGUUUAUCAGUCAUUUUCCACGGAGCUAAAUAAAAUUGCAAUGCUAGCGUGCGUAUUCAAUAUAAACAUUGUGCUAUACAUCGAAAAGUUGUAGUCGCUUGUUCUUUGCUACGUGAUCAGUGUGCUCUCGCAUUGGUGAUUUCGAGGAGAAAAUAAAGCACAUAGUUCAUUCAUGCAACAGACGAUUUCAUAUCGAGAGACGAAGAUAGAUAUUCAAGUCUUGUAUCUUGUGAAGAUUGUAAGGUGAUAACAAAAACGUUCAAUACAAGUGCGACGAAGACAACAACGACCCGUAGACGUCGACCGACGAUAACAACAACGCCAACAACGCCAACAAUCAAACACACACAAUUUUUUCGACGAACAAAUUUAGAAGACCAAAGCAAUCGAGACGUCCCAUGAAUUAAAAUGGAAAAUAAAAGACACAACCAUCAUGGUUCGGCUCAUGUUUAAAUUGGUUUUCGUGAAUGGUUCUCAUCGAUAAGUGUCGAAAGUCGUGCAUUUUCAUUGAAAAAUAAGAAAAACAAAACAGUAUGCCAUUCAGUUGAGAACACACAACACAAUUCAAGUGAUCAGCAUUUUCUUUGUUGUACAUACAUUGUUUAAUAUCUGCAUAACGGACGUACUAUAUAUACACUUGUUUUAUAUUUUCGCAAAUAAAAAUAACAUAAGCGGUUUAUUGAUGGCGUAUAAUAUGCACGGUGGUGUAAAAUUUUGUAAUCAAAUUUAUAGUUUGCUACGCAACACACAUCGAGUGCAAACUAGACCGUUAUUGUCACACUUCUGAGUCUAGCAAAAUGAAGAACUUUUGAAUUGACUAGUGCAUUUUUAUGUGUAUCAUCGAAUAAUUAACAAAUUGUUUUUUAUAUUCUAAAUGAAAAAUAAUACCAAACAUAUUUUAUACUAAAUGCAUUACAAAAUAAUCAUAAAUUUAGACAAAAUAAAAUACAAACAAUAUUGUAUCAAAUUAGCUUUGAUGUGAAUUGGCGAUUUUGUUUUAAUUUUAAAGUGAAUGCAUAAACAUGAAAAAAAUUCUUUAAUUGAAAUGGACGAAUAAAUUAACGCAAAUCGCACGGUUCAUUUUUUGCUUUCGCCUCGUGUUCUAUAACAAAGACUUUUAAAAUUAAAACGAAAACAAAAAAGAAAUCGCGGUGUGCGUCAGCGAUGGACAGAGAUAACAUCGGAAAAGGAACAUAAACAUGCAAGUGUAAAGCAUUCUCAUAUUCAUAUAAUUAUAUGGUUGUUCGUGUCGUUGGCCGUGUGAUAGCUGCUUUGUUAUAAUAACAUUCACCAAUUGCAUUUGUGCCUGUGUGCAUUCCAAUACAGUGUCGAUUCUACUGGUAGAAUAUAAGCCGUUAUUUUCAAUCACAAUUUUUUUGUAUGUCAACGGUUUUACGAAUCAACAAAUUUUCGAAUAAACACGACCACGGCUCAAUUGUUUGGACAGCGGCCGCAUAACAAGCGUCGAUAUCAAACGAUCGAGAAAAAAAAACAAAAACAAAAUUAACAAGUGAAACCAAAACAAACGAUAUCAACCGAAAAAAGGAUAUUGGUAAACAACAAGAGGAAAAACGAGGCAGAAAUAGCGACAGACAGCGGAGUAGAAAAACACGAAUAGAGGACAGACUAGUGUAAUCAUUUACAGAGAGAGCAACAAGAAACCAUGACGAACUCGGGACGAAAUCGAUUCGAACACUCAUUUUUCGAAUCGGACGAUACAGAAAUUACCAAAAAUCUACCACGAGAGAUACUUUUACGAAUAUUUUCGUUUUUGGAUGUGAUUUCAUUAUGCAGAUGCGCACAGGUUAGCAAAUACUGGAAUAUUCUAGCACUAGAUGGAUCAAAUUGGCAGAAAAUCGAUUUAUUUGAUUUCCAGCGAGAUAUUGAGGGUCCGGUCAUCGAGAACAUUUCACAAAGAUGUGGAGGAUUUCUAAAGUAUUUGUCCUUGCGUGGAUGUCAAUCGGUUGGCGACCAAUCAAUUAGAACACUUGCUCAACACUGCCAUAAUAUCGAACGACUAGACCUAUCUGACUGUAAAAAAAUUACCGAUCAAGCGAUCUACGCAAUCAGUAAACAUUGUUCAAAACUAACGGCAAUCAGUUUGGAGUCUUGCGUAAAUAUCACGGACAAAACCUUAAAAAAUAUCGCCGAUGGAUGCUCGAAUUUAAUGGAGAUAAAUAUCUCGUGGUGUGAUUCAAUAACUGAAAAUGGCGUUGAGGCGCUUGCACGAGGUUGUCCAAAACUAAGACGAUUCAGCAGCAAAGGAUGUAAACAAGUUAAUAAUAGCGCUGUUAUUUGUUUGGCAACAUAUUGUAAAUCGUUGACAGUACUCAAUUUGCACAGUUGUGAUAGCAUCACCGAUGUAUCCAUCCAAAGAAUUAGCGAAACAUGCUUGGAUCUACAACAGAUUUGCGUAUCGAAAUGUGUUGAACUAACUGAUCACACACUAACGUCACUAGCACAACACAAUCCACUACUGAAUACGCUUGAAGUCGCUGGUUGUCAUCAAUUCACCGAUUUGGGCUUUCAAGCAUUGGGCAAAAGUUGUAAGUAUUUAGAACGGAUGGACUUAGAAGAGUGCAAUCAAAUCACCGACCUAACAUUGGCACAUUUGGCUACUGGCUGUCCAAGCCUAGAAAAAUUGACACUAUCUCACUGUGAAUUAAUUACGGACGAUGGAAUUCGACAAUUGACUGCGGGCAGUUGUGCGGCUGAAAGUUUAUCUGUUCUAGAACUGGACAAUUGUCCAUUGAUUACAGAUCAGACACUCGAACAUUUGGUAUCAUGUCAUAAUUUACAAAGAAUCGAACUGUACGAUUGUCAAAUGAUCACACGGGCUGCAAUUCGUCGACUUAGGAAUCACCUCCCAAAUAUCAAAGUUCAUGCAUAUUUUGCACCAGUCACACCACCACCAACCACAUCCGGUGCUCGGCCCAGAUAUUGUCGCUGUUGUGAGAUACUCUGAGAAGAAGCUGUUGGUUUAGCUAGAAAAAUACUGUGUCGAAAUCAUGAAAAUAACGAUGGCAAUUUGUAAACGUAUCGUUAACAUUUUAUUUGUUUUUGAUUUUGUUACGUUUUCUUUUUGUUCGUUUCGUUUUCCGUUUGCAAACGCAAAACUAUUGAAUUGCGAUUACAUAUCCAAUGCAUAUCGUUGCCGUUUCAAUCACAUGGCUUGAAUAAAAUUACUACUUACAUAAUGAUCAAGUACAUUUUAAAUAAAAUAAUGUACAUUUCUCUUUUUUUUUAUAAAAAAAAACUGAGUAUUCAAGACAUGUGAA